UAAACAAAAGUUGUCGAAGUUGUUCGUUAUUCCCGUGAAGAAGUGACAAAAAAUAAGGUACAAUGGGAAAUUACAUGGGGUACGGGAGUGCGGCGAGGGAGGAAACGGGUCCAGGAAAGAGGAAAAGAGAUGACAAGGAAGACGAGCUGGAAUCAGAAGACCUGGAAGAGCUGAAACUGGAGACCCCGAAACGGAAGAAGAUGAAGAACACGGCAGAGUACAUCUAUGAGACGUUGUUCCUCCAUGGAGAGAACAGUGACAUCAGGAUCAUCGCUCUGGGCAGGGAGUGGCCUCUCCACAAGAUCUACCUGUGUCAGUCCGGGUUCUUCUCCAGUAUGUUCAGUGGUUCCUGGAAGGAGUCCAACUUGUCUGAAGUCACCCUCAACAUUCCUGAUGACAACAUCGACGAGGAAGCCCUACAGAUAGCGUUUGGUUCCCUGUACAGAGAUGACGUCCUGAUCAAACCCUCCCGAGUUGUGUCAGUACUGGCAGCCGCCUCGCUGUUACAGCUGGAUGGACUGAUCCAACAGUGUGCAGACAUUAUGAAGGAGACUAUCAGCUCCAAGACGGUGUGUUCAUACCACCAGGCUGCCAUGAUGUAUGGUCAGGAGGAGGUGGCAAACAGAUGCCUGGACUGGUUAGAGAAGAACCUGAUGGCCCAGCAGAGCAUUCCGCUUCUCAAGGAGCUCAGUGUUGACUUGAUGGAGAAGCUGGUGCGCUCCCACAGUCUGUUCGUCAUGCAAGUGGAGAUGGAUGUCUACACCAUGCUCAAGAAGUGGUCAUUCCUGAAGCUUCACCCAGACUGGAACCAGCCCAUCAAACAGCUCAUGUCAGAAACAGACCAGUAUUUCAUCGGCAGAAGCACAGACACUGGAGACUUUACCAGCUUCUUCCUGGAGUCGUCCGAGGGCGGGCGGUUUGUCAGCGUGUUCCAAAACGUCCGGCUUAAACACAUCAUCAACGACCUGAUGUCAACUAAGGUCAUCAGCAGAGACAAGAUCAUUCCCCGAGGCUGGAUGUUGCCAGUGUUCCAGCAGCAGUGGCUGGCCAUGCUGUCUACUGAGCAGGACACCAACCAGAGUGCUCUUAACGACAUCUCGGAAGUGGACUUCAACAGGCACUGCAUGAGAUGUGGGAGGAAGCUACCAAAAGAUGGGGAGGACAAAAAGUUUUCUCACUUCGGGAGGCUUUCCCUGCAAACCCUGAUGGAGGAGUGA